CCUCGGCCCUCCCUCCUUUCGGGGCAGGGAGCCCUCUUCCCGUCCGCCUCUGGCCCCCUUCGCUUCCGGGUCUCCCGGCGGGCCCCUGCCUUCGCCCCCGGAAGCCCCGUAGCGGGAGGCGGCGUCUCCCGGCCUCCGGCAGCCGGCCCUCUCCGCCAACGGGGCCCCUUCCAGGGCGGGAUGGUCGGGGCCCCGGCCGGGCAUGUCCUCCUGGGCGGGCGGCUGCCCUGAGGGCCACGGCGGGGGCGAGGCGAAGGCGGCUGCCCGGUUCUUCGUGGGCGCCCGAGAUGAGGAGGCGCAGCGCCGGGGAGCAGCGAUGAAGAUGGAGGAUGAGCUCGACUUCUUCGAGGACGACGAGGCCGAGGGCGAGGAGUCGCCUCCGGAGCGGCAGAUCGUGGUGGGCAUCUGUGCCAUGACCAAAAAGUCCAAGUCCAAGCCCAUGACGCAGAUCCUGGAGCGGCUCUGCAGGUUCGACUUCAUCGCGGUGGUCAUCAUGGGGGAAGACGUCAUCCUGAACGAACCGGUGGAGAACUGGCCGCCCUGCGACUGCCUCAUCUCUUUCCAUUCCAAAGGGUUCCCGCUGGACAAGGCUGUGGCUUAUGCCAAGUUGCGGAGCCCUUUCCUUAUCAACGACCUCGACAUGCAGUACUUCAUCCAGGACAGGCGGGAGGUCUAUCGGAUCCUGCAGGAAGAGGGGAUUGACCUGCCCCGCUACGCGGUGCUCAACCGGGACCCUGACAAGCCAGAGGAAUGCAACCUGGUGGAGGGGGAAGAUCAUGUGGAGGUGAACGGGGCUGUUUUCCCCAAGCCCUUCGUGGAGAAGCCUGUCAGUGCCGAGGAUCACAAUGUCUACAUCUACUAUCCUACCUCAGCGGGUGGGGGCAGCCAGCGCCUUUUCCGCAAGAUUGGGAGUCGGAGCAGCGUUUACUCCCCAGAGAGCAGUGUGCGGAAAACAGGCUCCUACAUUUAUGAGGAAUUCAUGCCAACAGAUGGGACAGAUGUCAAGGUAUACACGGUGGGGCCUGACUAUGCACAUGCGGAAGCCCGGAAGUCCCCUGCGCUGGACGGGAAGGUGGAGCGGGAUAGUGAAGGAAAAGAGAUUCGCUACCCAGUGAUGCUGACGGCCAUUGAGAAGCUGGUGGCCCGAAAGGUCUGUGUGGCUUUCAAGCAGACGGUGUGUGGCUUCGACCUCCUGAGGGCUAAUGGCCACUCCUUUGUUUGCGAUGUCAACGGCUUCAGUUUUGUGAAGAACUCCAUGAAGUAUUAUGAUGACUGCGCCAAGAUCCUGGGGAACAUCAUCAUGCGUGAGAUGGCCCCCCAGUUCCAGAUUCCUUGGUCUAUCCCCACGGAGGCUGAAGACAUCCCCAUUGUUCCCACUACAUCAGGGACCAUGAUGGAGCUGCGGUGUGUGAUUGCGGUGAUACGACAUGGGGAUCGCACUCCCAAGCAGAAAAUGAAGAUGGAGGUCAAACACCCAAGGUUCUUUGCGUUAUUUGAAAAGUAUGAGGGCUACAAGACUGGAAAGCUGAAACUGAAGAAGCCAGAGCAGCUCCAGGAGGUGCUGGACAUUGCCCGCUUGCUGGUGUUGGAGCAGGGAGCACCUGGUGGCUUCGAGGUGGUGGAUCAGCAGAAGACCAAGCUGGAGCAGCUGAAGACUGUUCUGGAGAUGUAUGGACACUUCUCUGGCAUCAACCGCAAGGUGCAGCUGACUUACUUGCCUUGCGGCCAGCUAAAGGCAUCCAGUGAAGAGGAAGAUGCCCACAAAGACCCCUCCCCAUCGCUGCUGCUGGUGCUGAAGUGGGGGGGUGAGCUGACUCCGGCCGGGAGAGUCCAAGCGGAGGAGCUGGGGCGGGCCUUCCGCUGCAUGUACCCAGGGGGCCAAGGGGACUAUGCUGGCUUCCCUGGGUGUGGCCUCCUUCGCCUGCACAGCACAUACCGCCACGACCUUAAGAUCUAUGCAUCCGAUGAGGGCCGAGUCCAGAUGACGGCUGCCGCCUUUGCAAAGGGUCUCCUGGCACUAGAGGGGGAGUUGACCCCUAUUCUGGUGCAAAUGGUGAAGAGCGCCAACAUGAACGGCCUCCUAGACAGCGACAGCGACUCCCUCAGCAGCUGCCAACACCGGGUGAAGGCCAGGCUCCGGGAGAUUAUGCAGAAGGAUGCUGCCUUCAGUGAGGAGGACUAUGAGAAGUUGGCACCAACGGGUAGCACUUCACUCAUCAAAUCUAUGGGCAUCAUCCAGAAUCCUGUGGCAAUCUGUGACCGGGUCUUUGAGUUGAUUGAGAGCCUCACGUCCCAGAUCCAGAAGCGAAUGGAGGACCCCAAGUCUGCAGAUCUGCAGCUUUACCACAGCGAGACACUGGAGCUGAUGCUUCAGCGCUGGAGGAAGCUGGAGCAGGACUUCCGCCUGAAGAACCGGCGCUAUGACAUCAGCAAGAUCCCUGACAUCUACGACUGCGUCAAAUAUGAUGUGCAGCACAACACGGCCCUGCAGCUGGAGGGCACCACGGAGCUUCUCCACCUCUCCAAGGCCCUGGCCGACGUUGUCAUCCCACAGGAGUAUGGCAUUAGCAAGCAAGAGAAGUUAGAGAUUGCCAUUGGCUUCUGCCUGCCGCUCAUCCGGAAGAUCCAGCUGGACCUACAAAGAACCCAUGAGGAUGAAUCAGUCAACAAACUGCAUCCCCUGUAUUCCAGGGGCGUCCUAUCUCCUGGGCGCCACGUCCGGACACGGUUGUACUUCACCAGUGAGAGUCACGUACAUUCCCUGCUCAGCCUCUUCCGCUACGGGGGCCUCCUGGAUGAGUCUAAAGAUCCACAGUGGAAGAGGGCCAUGGAUUAUCUCAGUGCCAUUUCGGAGCUGAACUAUAUGACCCAGAUUGUGGUGAUGCUCUAUGAGGACAAUAACAAGGACCCUUCGUCUGAAGAGAGGUUCCAUGUGGAGCUGCACUUCAGCCCAGGGGUGAAGGGCUGUGAGGGGGACAGUAGCACUCCAGCCGGGUCCGGCUUCCGUCCGGCGUCAGCAGAGAAGGAGGUAAAGAAGCUGGAGCAUGGGAAUGGCCAGGAGGAUGGGGCCGAGGCGAAGGGCACUGAUGAGACAGACCAUGUGCACCAGCUGGCCUCCCAGUCCCUGGAGCCUGUCUGCCUCCAACGAAGGUCCCCACUGAUCCGCAACCGCAAGACUGGCUCCAUGGAGGUGCUCUCAGAGUCGUCCUCCAAGGCUGGUGGAUAUCGCCUCUUCUCCUACUCCAGGCAUUCCUCGGAAGUCAAGCAGAGGGGCUUGGGGUCACAGUGCACGGGCCUCUUCAGCACUACUGUUCUCGGAGGCUCUUCCAGUGCCCCAAACCUGCAGGACUAUGCCCGCAGCCAUGGGAAGAAGUUUGGCUCCAGCUUCCUGUACAAAGACGAGCUCUUGUCUAUGCCAGCUGUAAAGCGGUUUUCUGUGUCAUUUGCAAAGCAUCCAACUAAUGGCUUUGAAGGCUGCUCCAUGGUGCCCAGCAUCCAUCCCUUGGAGACACUGCACAACUCGCUCUCCUUGCGCCAGGUGAAUGAUUUCUUGACCGCUCUUCUCCAGAGCUGCAGCAGUCACCACCAAGGAGCCCCUGCAGGUCUUUUUCAUCCACUGGUGGAGGGCCAGGUGCACAGCGGCAGCAGCGGUGGCAAUCAUGGCUUUGUGCCGCAGCAAGUCUUGUCAUCUCUGCCACUGCAACCCCACUCCGACAAGCCCCCGUGGUGCAGCAGUGGCCCUUCCAGCACCGUCUCCAGUGCCGGCCCCUCGUCACCCACCUCGCUGGACAGCUGCCCUCGCUUCGACCUCCCAGAGAAGACACCUCUGGGCCUCCAGACCACCAGGGAGAGGCCCUGCAAGCCACUGCCCAGCCAGGAGGAGCUGGCAGCCGAAGAACCAGCCCCAUCAUCAGGCAGCAGUGGGGCUGAGAGGGAGGGAGGACUGGAAGAGCAGUGCAUAGGAGCAAUGGCUGGGGAGGAGCCUGUUGGGGGACCUCCAUUGGCAGUGCCACAGGGGGAGGAAGGGGAGAGCAUCCCGUUGUGUUUGGGCCAGGGCCAGGGGGAGGCAUCACUUGUGGUUGACAUGGGGGGCACCAAUUGUGAUGGAGCAGGGCUGCCAGCAGGGCCGGGGCUGGAAGAGCCAGGGGCCUCUGGGGAGGAGGCUGGGACAGGGCCUCACUUGCCUCCCGGCAGUGCCAGCCCAUAGGAGGGAUGUUGGCUGAGGUGGGCGGGGGGGCGACAGCAGUGCCAAGCCCCAACUGGCGAUGCAGAGGACUCUGCCACCAGCCCCCUGGCUCUGCCCUGCUCCAGCUCUUAGGUGUUGCCCAUCAGGGAUGUGCUGUGCACCCCCCAAGCAGCCAGCCAAAGGCUGUGGGACAGAGUUGCCCCCCCAUGCCCUUGGCCACUCAGGCAGUACCUGCUGCGGCUUCUGCCUGAGCCCCACGGGCAAUGCCCAGCCCCAAACCAUGUUCCCCGUACCUGUCCCCCAGCAGUUCCUGCUGCUCUGGAUAGGAGAGGGCCUUGAAGCAACACUCCAUGAUGGUGGGCCAGGUGGGAGUGCGCCCCUCGGCGUGGGUGUGUGCGUGCGCGUGGGCGGGCGGGCGGGAGACUGAGUGGGGCAGAGGGGUUCCACUGGCACUGAGCUGCUGUGAGGAAUCGGGGUUUCUUGGACAUGGGGAUACAAGAUGCCAAAUGGUGUACAGUACAGAGCAAAUAUUUAAUAUAUUGUGAAGUGUUCUCAGAGUCUGAGGGCCAGGGCUUCCUCUUCCCUCUCUUGGAGGGGUGGGCCUGAGGAUGUGUCUGUCUGCCUGUCUGUCCUUAUGAAUUGUGAAACCCCUUCCUUGAGUCUUCCUCCUCUUCCUUGUGUUGCGUAUUCUUCUUUGUGCAGUAAAAUGCUGAGACACUG